CUUGAGUAGUCAAAGACUUUAGAACCUAAGGAAAAGGAAAAUUAAAAAAAAAGAAGGCUGACAAUGGAAAUAUUUUAUCUCCUUUGCUCUAUCGUCUCCACUUCCCUCACCUCUCUUCUUCUCUCCCUUGUCCUUCCCUUUCACACGCUACUGCAGCGGUGGAAUUCCUCACGCGCCGCUUCUUCCUUCUCCGAUGACGAAGCUGAACCCAUAUCUCUCUACGAAGGCACAGUUUGGCACCAACGUCGCCACCCAGUCAACCAUUCCUUCCAAUACCAGGUCCGCUAUGCGCUCAUUGACCUCGAUCGUGCGCCUCAUGCGCCUCACGAUCAUCUUUCUCUCGAUGAAGCUCGCCAAAUUACUGAUACCAAUGGGCCCAUUUUGCUCCUGACAAUCCCUCCUAGUGUGGGUUAUGAACAGAAUCCUUUGAGUGUGUAUUAUUGUUAUGCUGUUGAAGGCUCUACUAAAAGGUUGAAGAAGUGCAUUGCUGAGGUGACAAAUACACCAUGGGGUGAAAGAGUAUCUUUUGUUUUCAACCCACACUCUGAUCUAGUGGCCAAGGCUUUGCAUGUUAGUCCUUUUAUGGAUAUGCUUGGAAGCUGGAAUAUCAAAGCAAAUGAUCCUGGAGAGAAUCUUACAAUAUCAAUUUCUGUUCAUCAUCCUGAGCAUGGAAACUAUUUUACUGCCAGUCUGAAAGCCAAAAAGCUGUGCUCAUCCCCAGAGUCAGAUCAUGCAGUUUUCUUUUGGUUGAUGCCUCAUAAAGUUGCAGUAUGGAUAUAUUGGCAUGCUAUAAAACUCUGGUGGAAAAACGUGCGUUUUGUCCAACACCCUAGAUAUAGCAUUCCCACAUAUAAGGAUGAAGCUUUGAUGCGGGACAAAAAGUUGCAGUGUUGUGGAUUGAGUGAUGAUAAUAGGCAGCAUCUGCAACAAAGAGGAAGCGAUCCAGGUUGUUGUUUAGCUGAAUUAAGUCCCCAGAACCGGUGGUUUAGAUGGAGAGAUGCUAAGUGGCCAUGGUCAUAGUAAUAUGUUAGAUUACUAGUUCAAGUUGUGGCCCUUGAAAAUUGAAAUAUGUUACUAUUACCUUGAUUUAUAAGGAUUACUCAUUUGUUAAUAACAUGUUGAUCAUCAUGACAAUUAUUAUUACUCAUUUUAAAGCUUAAUCUCCUUUCCACUUUGAGCUA